AGUAUUCACGCGUUGGGAGACUCAAUUCAUUUUUCCAAUAAAUACUUGACGAAAACUCUCCACAUGGUUUGCAGCUCUAAGAGAUCCCUCCAAUUCUUCUCUUCUCUUGGCGCUCUCUCUAUCUCUCUCUAGAAGUUUCCCUUUCUCUCUCAUCUUUCUUAGCAUAUUCAAACUGAACCAGAACCAGUACAGUCUAAACACAGUCAUGAACCACACCAAACCCACCACCACUGAAACCCUAAAGUUCUUUUGUAGCUACGGAGGCAAGAUUCUCCAUCGUCCAAGCGAUGGCCAGCUCCGUUACGUUGGCGGUCACAAUCGAGUCCUCACCGUCGAUCGUUCCAUCUGCUUUGCAGAGCUAAUGGUGAAACUCGGAGAGUUUUGUGGCUUUUCCCCUGAUUUGAAGUGUCUAUUGCCGAACGGAGACUUCGAGACCUUGGUUACGAUCAAAUCCGACGAGGAAUUGGCGAGUCUCUUGGAGGAAUACGUUAGGGUUCUCUCGCAUGACUCCACGCGCCACCUUAAGAUCAAGGCGGUUCUGUUGCAGCGACAGUCCAUCAAGAAAGUCUCGCCUCCUCCUUCGGUUGUAUCUCACAGCGUCGAAUCUCCAUUUCGUACCGUCAAAUCGUUUCCAAAAUUUUACGUUCCCAGAUUCUCGUCGCCGGUCAAAUUCAGCGCCGGCAGACUCCAGAAAGGGUAUGAAAAAAUGAGCUAUAGCGGGCCUUGUCGUGUUUUCCAGCACCAGCAUCAUCACUAUCACUACCAUCAUCAUCAAGAAGUUCCUCGCUGCUAUUACUGGCAAUGAUUCUUGAGAACUUGAAGAAUCUUGAAGAUUUGAACCAUGGAAGACCGAUAAUGUACAAAAGUGUAGAGAUAUACAGCGAUAAAAAAUUAGAAAACCAUUCAAAAUAACAAUUUUUUUUCCUUGAGAAAGUAAACACAGAUGAAUUUUUUAUUGGACUGUGAAUAUUAAAACAAAAUUUUAAAUAAUUUUUUUUAUUUCAUUUGUUAUAUGAAAAAACACUGAACUUAAUUAAUUAUUAAUAAAAAAGGUUUCGUCUUAACAA